CAUCCACCACCGGCAACCAAGAGAGUGACCCAUCGAACAGCCAUGCCGAAUCGACACCACCAUCAAACUCAGGUGCCAGUAAUGCUUCCAACGAUGACGCUGACACGGAUACUAAUGAAGAGAUUUUGAAUAAUGAUUCAGCCGCUGGUGGUGCAGCGACAGAAGGAGCACACCAAGGUGAAAAUAAAGAUGCCAAUACGAAGGAAACAACACCACUCAGAUCUGCCGCUAUGAUAAAUGAAACGACUCCAACUGGCGACAGUGACGGCAGCACCGCGGUCUCCCACACCACCUCCCCUCUUUUGCUUCUUCUUGUUGUUGCGUGUGCGGCUGCUGCUGCGGUGGUGGCCGCGUGA